AUGUCCUGCCGCCUGUGCUUGGAAGAUGGUGGCGCCCAAGAGCUGCUGUCCCCCUGUGCCUGUCGGGGUUCAUCCGGCUACGUGCAUGCGGAGUGCUUGGUGCAGUGGUGCGUCUGCCAGGGAAACUUUCGGACUUGUGACGUCUGCCACCAGCCGUUCGUUGGGAAGGCGGCGUUGCUUUUGGCCAGGCAUGCUUUCCAACGUGCAGAUCCGUUGGGCGAGGAGCAUCCCGAAGCACUAGCAGCGACAUACCAUUUGGCACAAGCACUGGCUGGAGAAGGUUGCCACAAAGAAGCCACAAAGCUCUUUGAAUACCUUCAGACCAUCUACGUCCGCAAGAAAGGUGUAUCGCACUUGGACACGUUGGCGGUGUGCAGUUCCUGGGCAUUGUCCUUGUCUGCCUUAGAGAAGUACGAGGACGCGGCGACCUUCCAGGCUUCCGUGUUGACCCAGUUGCGAAGCAAAGUCGGGAGUGAUCACGCGCGGUCUAUGACAGAGGCCAACAAUCUUGCCUUGACCCUGACGCAUCUGGGUCGGCAUGAUGAGGCGCUCCCCCUUUUCCGGGAGGCACUGGAGUUCCACGAGCGGACGCGCGGAGCGCGGUGCCAGGAGUGGAUCACCGCGGCCAACAACUUGGCCGGCAGCUUGUGCAAGGCAGGAGACCUCGAGGAAGCCGCCGAGGUCUUCGCCAGAGCUGUGGCAAAUUGCAGCCGGGUGCUGGGCGAACGGCAUCCCCUCUCCCUGAAGUCCACCAGCAACCUUGUGGUUGUGCUCCACCAGCUGGGUCGUAUGGACGAAGCCGCAGAGGCGCAGGCCAAGCUGGUUUCCCUCUUCGAGGAGGCCCAUGGCAAGGACUCCCAGCAGACCAGACGAGCCGCAUCGUUUCUGGAGCUGUUGCAGGGGCCGCAAAGAGGGCAGAAGCGAGCUUUUGGCGACAAAAAAAAGAACUGA